AAUUUGCAUAUCUUAUAUGGCCUAAUGGUGGCGAUCAUGGCAAGUUAGAAGUUUUCUGACUCCUCUCGGAGGAGACUCCGGGACCCCGGGAGUAACAGGUGUCAGGAGGCUGAAGGGUGGGGGGGCUUCUGGACUUGGGGUUCGCUGGCGAAACUCCCCCUCCACCCUCCUCUCUCACCCACCCACCCCCUCACCCCCUUCUUUUCCCGUCCUUGGAAAAUGGUGUCCAAGCUCACGUCGCUCCAGCAAGAACUCCUGAGCGCCCUGCUGAGCUCUGGGGUCACCAAGGAGGUGCUGGUCCAGGCCUUGGAGGAGCUGCUGCCAUCCCCGAGCUUCGGGGUGAAGCUGGAGACGCUGCCUCUGUCCCCCGGAAGCGGAGCCGAGCCCGACACCAAGCCAGUCUUCCAUACUCUCACCAACGGCCACGCCAAGGGCCGCCUGUCCGGGGACGAGGGCUCCGAAGACGGGGAUGAUUAUGACACCCCUCCCAUCCUCAAGGAGCUGCAGGCGCUCAACACCGAGGAGGCGGCAGAGCAGCGGGCCGAGGUGGACCGGAUGCUCAGCGAGGACCCCUGGAGGGCUGCCAAAAUGAUCAAGGGCUACAUGCAGCAACAUAACAUCCCCCAGAGGGAGGUGGUGGAUGUCACAGGCCUGAACCAGUCACACCUCUCCCAGCAUCUCAACAAGGGCACCCCUAUGAAGACGCAGAAGCGCGCAGCACUGUACACCUGGUAUGUCAGAAAGCAGCGGGAGAUCCUCCGACAAUUCAACCAGACAGUCCAGAGUUCUGGAAAUAUGACAGACAAAAGCAGUCAGGAUCAGCUGCUAUUUCUCUUUCCAGAGUUCAGUCAACAGAGCCAAGGGCCGGGGCAGUCCGAUGAUGCCUGCUCUGAGCCUACCAACAAGAAGAUGCGCCGCAACCGGUUCAAAUGGGGGCCCGCAUCCCAGCAAAUCUUGUACCAGGCCUACGACCGACAAAAGAACCCCAGCAAGGAAGAGAGGGAGGCCUUAGUGGAGGAGUGCAACAGGGCAGAAUGUUUGCAGCGAGGCGUCUCCCCGUCCAAAGCUCAUGGUUUGGGCUCCAACCUGGUCACUGAGGUUCGUGUCUACAACUGGUUUGCAAACCGCAGGAAGGAAGAGGCGUUCCGGCAGAAGCUGGCCAUGGAUGCCUAUAGCUCCAACCAGACACACAGCCUGAACCCUCUGCUCUCCCACAGCUCCCCCCACCACCAGUCCAGUGCCUCUCCUCCAAACAAGCUGUCAGGAGUUCGCUACAGCCAGCAGGGAAACAAUGAAGUGACUUCCUCCUCAACAAUCAGUCACCAUGGCAACAGCGCCAUGGUGACCAGCCAGUCAGUUUUACAGCAAGUCUCCCCAGCCAGCCUGGACCCUGGCCACAAUCUCCUCUCACCUGAUGGUAAAAUGAUCUCAGUCUCAGGAGGAGGUUUGCCCCCUGUCAGCACCUUGACGAAUAUCCACAGCCUGUCCCACCAUAAUCCCCAGCAAUCUCAAAACCUCAUCAUGACCCCCCUCUCUGGAGUCAUGGCCAUUGCACAAAGCCUCAACACCUCCCAAGCACAGAGCGUCCCUGUCAUCAACAGUGUGGCUGGCAGCUUGGCAGCCCUGCAGCCCGUCCAGUUCUCCCAGCAGCUGCACAGCCCUCACCAGCAGUCCCUCAUGCAGCAGAGCCCGGGAAGCCACAUGGCCCAGCAGCCCUUCAUGGCCACCGUGACUCAGCUGCAGAACUCACACAUGUAUGCGCACAAGCAGGAACCCCCCCAGUAUUCCCACACCUCCCGGUUUCCAUCUGCGAUGGUGGUAACAGAUACCAGCAGCAUCAGUACGCUCACCAACAUGUCUUCCAGUAAACAGUGUCCUCUCCAAGCCUGGUGAUGCUCACACAUCACUUACUCUGUGUGUAGCAACAAGGAUCCUAUUUUCCACACCAUCACCCUCCGGGCAGCCGUCACGGAAAAGCCCAGUGACCUGACAAGCAUCUGCGAGAGGUCCCAGCUUACCUGACAUCCUGCUGGCGUCUAGGACAAUCCACUCUUGGAAGACCCAGCCUGAAGCCCAGCUUCCCUUCUAUACAGUAUUGUCACAAUGCCUCUCCUCAAAUCCUGUCUGUUCUAGACAUGGGAGACAAGAAACCGUGGAAGAGGAAGAGAGAAAGCUGAAGUAUCUACAUUAUGCUCCUUUGACGAACAAACUCACGAGAAAACUUGAAUCUGUUACUGAAAUGAGGAGAGGAGGACAUGUGCUAUUGAACUGAGCCAAACACACUGUAAAUAUCAGCAAACUCCUUCCCCUUGCCCCUGUUCCCAAAUGAUCUUGAGAUUUCUUUUAAAGAAGUAAAUUUGUCUAAUGGGUGUAAAUUAUAAACUACUGUAAUUAAGUGCAAUUUCCCCUCUACUUCCUCUCCCUUCUGCCCUGUAUAUAAGACUAAAGUGUUUAUUAGUUUUCUUUGUAAAGGUCAGAGUUAAACUUUUAAAAGUGAUUCACUCCCCCUCACUUCCCCCACAGAGAAAUACGCUGAGUCAGAAAUGAAGUCCUUUGCCCCUUCCCUCAGCCCUAGACACACAGACUGACUGUAUAUUUUGGACUGACUGCCAGGUAACUCCAGUUUCCUGAUGGUAAGACACCUCCGGAUCCCUGGAGGGGCUGAACAUAGGGUCAGAGUACCAUCCUAGCUUCCUCUGGGGUUAGGGGUUCAGCCAAGGCAUCCCCAAGAAACCCCAGGGUAGGAAAACUGGCUGUUAGGUAGCAAAAGAUAAGUUGCCCUUUCAGAAAGCCUCGCAUUAAAACAAUUUAUUUUAUCAC